AUGCCCCUCAUAGAUCCGCACGACCUGUUCCGGAAACGGGGCGUCGAGAUCCCCUCGGCUGCAUCGUUCUUUGUGCCGGGACUGCCUGACCUUCACGAUGCCAACAACGCCAGCAGCAGCAGCUCAUCCUCGUCGGGCAGCGUGUCCCACCCUCUGCACAUGUCUGCAGGCUACCUGCCCGCCCGGCCGCCAGCCCGCUCCGGCGACAGCGUUCCCAAGGACGAUGCCCACCUCUACUUUCUCCUCCUGCGCGCCCGGCACACACCACCAAAGCGCAAGCUCAUCAUCUGGUUCAACGGCGGGCCCGGCUGCUCGUCGUUUGACGGCGCCAUGAUGGAGGUGGGCGCCUGGCGGCUCGACGGCAACGGCGGCCUCGUGUGGGCCCAGGACGGCGGCAGCUGGAACGAGUACGCCGACAUCCUCUUCCUCGACCAGCCCGUCGGCACCGGGUUCAGCUACGUCAACACCAACGGCUACAGCACCACCCUCACGCAGGCCGCCGACGAGGUCGUCUACUUUCUCCAGCGCUUUGUCGAAGUCUUUCCCGAGUACGGCCGGGACGUCGAGACGCGCUACGGCAGUACCGGCAGCGGCGUCGACGUCUACCUCGCUGGCGAGAGCUUUGCGGGCCAGUACAUCCCCUAUACGGCGUCGGCGCUGUUGCACGCGCCACGCCCUCCCGUCUCGCUCAAGGGCAUCGCAAUCGGCAACGGCUUCAUGGACCCGAGAUCGCAGUACGGCACCGAGCUCGAAGUGAUGAUCUCAAAGGGACUCUGGACGACCAACUCGCCCGAAUACCGCAAGGUGGCCCAGGUCGUCGACCGGUGCCGCAAGAUGCUCGACAAGGGCGCCAGCGAGCUCCACCGCGCCACAGCUCCCUGCGACGACAUCCUCCAGACCAUUGUCCAGCUCAGCUACAGGCGCGAAAAGCUCGAGGGCAAGCAGCAGGGCGGCGGCGUUGUCGUUGGCGAGGGCAACGCCGGCGGCAACACGUGCAUCAACAUCUACGACGUCCGGCUGCGCGACACGGCGCCGGCGUGCGGCAUGAACUGGCCGCCGACGCUGGCGCCGACGUACGCCUACCUGGCGCGCGCCGACGUACGCCAGGCGCUCCACGUCGACAACAAGCACAAGCCCGAGGCGUGGGUCGAGUGCAACAACAACGUCGGCGGCGCCAUGCGCUCCGACUCGACGUCGGCGCCGUCGGUGACGCUGCUGCCCAAGCUGCUCGAGUCCGGGUUAAAGGUGCUGCUGUUUGCCGGCGAGGAGGACCUGAUCUGCAACGCCAUCGGCGUGCGGCGCACCGCCGAAAACCUGGUGUGGGGCGGACAGAAGGGUUUCGGCGCGCAGCAGUCGCAGCCGUGGCACCUCAACCACACCGAGGUCGGGUCGUGGAAGGAGGCGCGCAACCUGAGCUACGUCGGCAUCAAGGGGGCCAGCCACAUGGUGGGCUUCGACGCGCCGCUGGCGAGCCACGACAUGAUGCUGCGCUGGAUGGGCGUCGACUUUUGGAGCGUCGCCGGGCCGAAUGCGCGCCUGCCCAGCCGCGUGGGCGGCGGGCCGGACCGCAUGAUUGGCGCCACGGCCGGUGCGCCGCUCGGCAGCGCCCAGGACGAGAUGGCGCCCGAUGCCAAGACCAAGGAGGAGAUCGCCGAGGAGGCCAAGUGGGAAGCCUACUACAACGCCGGCUCGCUCGCGCUGGUCGUGCUGCUGAUCGCCGUGGCGCUGGGCACGUUUGUGCUGCUGCGGAUGCGUCGCAAGCGGCGGCCGCUGCGGACGGGCGCACUGCCCAAGGACCGGAUGGGGCGUAACGGCCACCUGCGGCUGUCGAGCACGACGGAGCUGCGCACGCCGGACGACGAGGAGCGGCCCAUGGAGCUCGAGCGGCUCGUGGAUGAGCGACGCCGCGAUGGGAGCGGUAGCGUCAGCGGUAGCUUUGACGACGAUGUUGGGCGGAGGGACAAGGAGCGGAUCUUUGAUGUUGGAGAGAGCGAUAGUGGUGACGACGAGGAGGGGGAGGGGGGUCGACGUCGGAGAGAUGCGGGGAUGACGGAGGGCGCGUGA